AUGGCUUCUUCAUUCUUCAAGAUUUUACUCGACCCAUCAGCCGAUCACAUGUCAUUGCCACCCGAUUUUGCAUGCAUGCAUGUGGAGAACAAAAUCACAAAUAACCCAAUAAUUCAAUAUGCAAAUGGAGGGUAUUAUUCGUGGCGGUUAAAGAUCGAACAAAUCGGUGAUGAUUAUUGUUUUGUUAAUGGAUGGAACAAUGUGGUUAAAGAUAUCCGGUUGGGUUUUGGUGAUUUUCUUUUAUUUAAGCUUGUUGAUCAGUCCACCUUUAGAUUGUCAAUUUAUAGUCCAGAUGGGUGUGAAAAGAUUUUGCAACCAAAAACUGACCAAAAUUGUGAUGAAAAGAUUGAGGAGAAAAGUGAUGAUGAUGAUGAUCCUUUUUUUGUGGUGAUUUUCACUUUGAGCCAUGCAAGAUUCUUGCGGUUUCCUGAGGGAUUUGCGGAGUUGAUGGGAAUAGAUGCGGAAGGACCCAUAAAGGUAAAGAAUCUUGACGGAAAAGAAUGGGGUACGGGUUUGAAGUUGGACAAAUCAUAUAGAAGUAUGAUAAGGUACUUUUUGUCGCCAGGGUGGCCUCGUUUCGCACGAGAAAAUAAGUUAGCAGAAGGAGAUGAAUGCGUGUUUAAGUUCAUUAGAAGUGAAGGUAAGUUGUUACUAGCAAAAGUCACCAAGAAAAAAUCCAGGGAAAUUCAGGUGGCGGCGGAGGCCAUGAGAAGGGCGAGGGGGCGCGCGUUGGCGAAUCGAAAAAAUGGUGGUGAUGUGGACGUGGAUCAUGAUGAAGAGUGUGUAGAGGCGACAGAGAAACCAUUUGAAAUGCCACCUAAGCGACGAUGUGGAUCGCAACCUUAG